AAUUUUAAAAUAACCGCCAAAAGAAGCUUUUGACUGUAGUUGAAACUACUUUGGUGCUUCACUAUUUGGGAUUGUUGAAGUACUAUGUAUUUGUAUCGCUAGGAAGCAGCAACCUUGUAAGCAAAGAGAAAUACAAACUGUGUUUGGAAAGGACAGAAUACCUGCAUUGUAGAAAGAACCUGAAGACAAUGCCAAAGUCCAUGCAAAAGUUGCAGGCAAAAGAUGUUGACUGCUUCUACUAUCAACAAUCUCAAUGUCCUUACAAAAAAUGCACCUUCCAGCAUCGUGAAAGUGCAAAGACAUCAAAACACACCUGCAAAGCCUGGCAACUCAAUGUUUGCAGAAACAAAUCGUGUACAGACAAGCAUUUAAACAAAGAGGCUUUGAGAAUGUUCUUCAGGUGUACCAAAGAGAAAAAAGGUCAGUGUGAUAACCUGAGCUGCAUCGCUUAUCAUGAGAAACCAAGGAUUGUACAACAGCCAGGAAUCAGAGUGUCAGGUGUCCCGAGCCCAGUUCCAAAGCCACCCAGAAACAAGUGGAAAAUUAAUAAAGUUUUGGAGAAAAAUACAAAACAGCUUCAGAAUAUGGUGAGGAGUGGUAAUCAGUUUUUGAAGGUUGUUUUGGGUUAUAUUGUGAAGGCUGUAAAGAGUGAGAAACUGGAUCGAGAGAAGGCAAAGCAAUACACACGAGAGUUUCUUCACAGUAUUUUGUUCCUGGGUUAUAUUAACAUUCCUCCAAUUGAGCACCAGGAGUUCCUGUCAGAUAUACCACCAAGCUUUACUGAUAAAUAUAGUGACAUUUUCCGGAUAUAUAAAACGCACAUACCAAGAAGGCCACCCUAUUCUGUGUUACUGGAGAUGGUGGUGCACUGCAUAGGUGACCAGCAUGCAGAAGACAUCUUUGACAGCUUAUGGGAACUGAACAGAGAGAUGUUUAUACCACAAAACUCCAAAGAAUCCCAUCUUUGUGGAAAUGAUUUUGCUUUUGCCUCCCGGGUCAUUAGCUAUUGUUAUUUUUAUGAUGAACAUGUAACAAGAAAGAAAACUAGGAAUUACUUUGGUGCUUCAAUCUCAUGCAAAGGGAAGUUAUCAAGAGAGGUAAUGAUCGAUAUAUCGUGUUGUGAGACAUGGAAUAAACAUGUUGCUUUAGCUGUGUGUGCUGCUUCCAUAUAUGGAAACAACAUUCCCUACCUUCUUCCUCCACCAUCUAUUUACUCUGCAGCCGUUCAGAUGUUUCAGACAGAAGUUGAAGUAAUGGAUUCUCAGGGAACUAUUGAAACUGAAUCUAUUAUUUCAGCUGAAUCUACUAGUAGUAGUUUACAAGCAGUCCUGCAAGAGUCACCAGAGGUCACUGGUGUAGAGCCUUUAAGCCAGCAUAAUGAGGAACCAAUGGACAUGGAAAACCCUGAGCAGAAAACUGCAGUUAGUUUUUCAGACUCAGUACUGGAGGAGUCUUCAAAUGCAGUGAAUGGUUCUCUUACUUCUUCCAUGGUGUUAGAUGUUGAUGAUUCAGAUUCUGCUGCAGAAGUGCUUGCAGUAGAACCUACAGGAAAUACCUCCUUAACUGAGGAACUGGAUGGCAGUUUUUGCAAGUUGGUUGUAGAAUGUAAAGAAGAUGACAAAAUUGAUUCCGCCCCUUCAUAUAAUGAAUCUGGUCCCACUGAUUCUGGCUGCAUGCUGUCAGAGUCUGCAGUGGAUACCACUGGUGAUUCUGGAAUUUUAAGGGAUGAAAUGGAUGCCACAAAUUCAGAAGAGCCACUGACAGAUCCUUGCGAAACUAGCUCACCACAAGGCAAUAGCUCUUUCCCUAUUUAUGAUCCCCUCCAGCGUUAUAGUCCAAAACCGCCCUGUGAAAAAUGCAUAACACUUUUUCCUAAUACAAAAUUCAACCCAGAACCCACAGAGAUACGAUAUCCGCCAACAUGGGAGUAUGGGAAUUGUGCAGAGUGUGAAUCUUUUAGCCGACUUUUCAAUGCUGAACCAGAAGUUACUGCAAGACUGUCCUGGCCAGAGAAACUGGAAGUUGUUUGGGAUAGACAGUACGGACAACAGAUUUUAGCUUUUUCUGGUCCUGUUGUCCUUAUUGAACAAAGAAGACAAAGGCUUAUUGACAAUUUAAAAAAAACCUUAUUUACACUCGGGGAGCAGCUUUUGUUUUUUGAUCCAUCUGAUUAUGAAGCACCAAGUCAUGCACUUGUGAGGGCCUAAAAUGGGAGCUCUUUGACCACAUUCCUUUACAUCAAGUCAUGUGGUGUUGCUUUAUAUUACACCUGUGUCUUGAAGUGCAAAAUAUUUUAUGUCUGAAUUCUGUGUCUAGCUGCUUGUACUGAUUAUACAGUGGUGCAAUAUUCGCAAGCUUAGGGCAUGCAGGAAUGUGUGUUCAAAAGAGUGUAGCUUCAGUACCUUUUUAGCUGUAAAACAGCAUGAGUGACAUAUUGGCAAUAGGUUAUUACUGAACAUGUAGGACCUUUCUAGAAUUUUCUGUGCAUUGUAUGAGCUGCCUUGAUUCCUUAGACUUAUGUAUAUCCUGUUUUGCUAAAGCGAAUCAGUAGUGAUGUUUUCAAAGAUAGUUGCUUGCGUAGGUGCAUCUGUUCCUCUAGAUUUAAAAUAAUAUUCAUUUGCGUUGGCUGUGUUGAAAUAUGUAACAUGAUGGUAGCAUUCUGAGGACACGAAAGGGAGGGGUUGCUGCUCUGCUAAAGCUGGUGCUCCCCAAAAUGCAGUAAUGUAAGCUAAAUGAACUUGAGUGAAUUAAAGCGCACAGUUUCUUACUGGGGGUAGUGAAUGGUGAGUACACAGCAAAUAAACAAGUAUUACUGUGCAGGACAGUAGGUAGGUUAUCUCUACCCUGUGCACCCCCCCCCCCCAGCUCAGAGAUGAGGAUCUCUGAACUGUAUUAAACUGCUUGCUACAAAUUUAACAAGUGGCUUGCUAGCAUUACAUUUCUACACACCAAGUGCUUCAGUGUUAGACAAAUGCAAUAUUGGCAUUCAAUUUUUGAAUGCCAGUACUGCAUGCCCACACCAUCAGCACUUGCCCCAACAACUCAUUCCCUUCUCCACUCCCUAGUUACUUGUGUUACUGUGUAGUUCUAAGACAGGCUUUGUAUAGCAAGCCUGAUAUUCUUCUUCAAAGUAGUGCAGCAGUAUAGUCUGGCAGUUGCUACUCAUCUCUGAGUAGUGCAGUAGAAUACUCUGGCAGCAUUGUCAUGUGUUUUUAUGAUUUCUUUAUUGCUCCUAGCCAACACCAGUGGCAUACAGGAAUAAAACUAUGACCCAGGUGACAAACCUUUAAAUAACAGUUUGGAUGCCUUUUGGAGUUGAUGUGGCUUUAAUGGCUUGCCUGUUUUUUGGGUUUGGGGGAUAGGGAGCAUGUCUAGGUGCUCGUGCUUGAGUUGGAAUCCCCACUAGAGAUCAAAUAUCUUAUAGAAGUACUGGCUUUGAGAGGGGUAGGGCAGCCUUGGGGGGGUUACAUCAUCUGCCCUCCCUGACACACCCAUUCCACACCAAAUUCUGGACUGAUUUGAGAUAUAAGCAGUGGGUUUUGGGACCCAAAAAGUGUCAGAAUUCAAAAUACUGCAAUGGUUACCUAAAUGAUAACCCCUCCUUUCUAAUCAUCCCCUUUGGUGAAGAGGAAAACAAAUUGGCCAACUGGCUUCAGUGGGGCUGAUUAACAGCAUAUAGCAGUGGCAAAAAAUCUUUUCUUUUUGCCGCUAUCCUUCCUCUGACUAUCAUCAAACCUCAAUCACAGAAGUCCUGCAGACCAGUUCAUUCUCUUCAGAGGGAAAGAGCCUGAAAGUUCUGAAUUUUGUAUACUUUUUUUUAUUAUUCCUCUACUGAGUUGCUUUAUUACAGCAAAAGAGCCCCCACACAUUUUGAUCUCUUCCAUAUCAUAGUGAUUUUGUAGUCUGCACCUUUUCCUGUCUCAUUCUGCAGUCUGUAUAUUUUUAUUCACUUUCAUUAAAAGUUGCCUGUACUUUUACACACAGACUAUGGAGUAUGAGACUUUGAACAAUCAUGUAGUUCUUCAGUUUAGUGCAAGGAGGAUUAUUUUCCUUUGUUCCUUUGGCCUUUUCUGUUCUUUAAAAGGGCUGCUGUUCUUCCCCUUCUCUUGUACCUUUUCCAGUAACCACUUCAUGCUGUGUGUAUCUAUGUUUUAUUGGGGACUCUGCCAUGUCUUUUUGUAUUUAAAUAAUUGGACCAUAAAGGAGGCAUUUUGCAGAUCAGAACAGCGAUAGUGAUUGCAUAACUUGCAUUUUUCUGAGCGUAGACAUCCAUUUUUGUUUUUACUAUUAAAUUUCUCAUCAUUAAAAUGCUCUGGUCAAAAAAUGCUUCUUUUCUGCUGUAUAUUACUCUGUGACCAAUUAACCCUGGCAGGAGUGGCCUUAGGUCAACUGGUGCCCUAGUUAAAAGGACUCCACGGCACCCCCACACCACCGGGUGCCCCCAUCUUGAGCUACCUACACCAAAUAAAUUCUGGAAAAGGUCCCAUGCUAGAGUGGUGCCCUAGGCGGCCGCCUAGUUGGCCUGUGCCUAAGGCCAACUUUGCACCCUGGGGUACUGUGCCUUACUUUCAGUCAAAAAGAGUUUGCACAUCUAAGUGCAUAUAUGGUACUGGUAGAUGAGUGCCUCCUUCAAUAUUUCCAUAGACCUAUGUCUUUAAAACUGCUGAAAAAAAAAUAAUAGCAGUUUAUUUGACACAGGUUUUGGUCUAAAUAUGUGUAAAACUGUUGUUUAUUUAAUAGAGUUAAAGGAAAGAGAAAAAUUUGUUGAAAAUUUGCAGUAAUGGGGGAAAAUAAUAUAAUUUCAUUGUAUUCUUAUGGCUGUGAGACUUGUCUUCCUGAAAUGACAGAGCACAAACAGGUGUUGACUGGAAGUUAAUGAGAUAAUGAAUAGCUUGGAGGUGAUAAAUGUCAAACUCUGGAAUUUGACAGGCUUAUUUGAUGUGUUCUUUAAAUGUUUGAUAGUGGUUGUUGGGAAUUAAGAGAAAAACUUACAUUUGCAUUGAGAAGCUAUUAAACACUAGAUGUAAUUUGCAAAGAAAAUGGAAGUAAUGGUUAAGCAGUCAGAUCAAAUGGAACAGAAUCUCAUAGCUAAGGAGAAUAUAAUGAAAAUGGUUAAUUAGAGAAUUGUUGGCAUUUUGGAAUGCGAGUUAAACAUGGAUUAGUUCGACUAUGUCAAAAAUAAAGUGGUAGAUGAGUCUCAGUUUUUCAAAGACUCACUGAGUGUAGAAUUUGGCCCUGUGGUUUUCAUUAAUGGAGUCUGAGUGAUGUACAUGAAACCUGGGCUGAUUCUAGUGUCUUUUGCAUCUUACAAUGGGAAAAGGCAAAUGUUGUUGAUAGAGACUGUAAUAAACUAAAGUAACCUUCCCCACAUUGUAAGACUGUGGCAUAUGCAAAGCUACGUGACAGUUUGUAUGUUCAUUUUUUGGUGCACUCUUUUUUUCUUGUACAGUUUGCAUGUUCAUUGCUCUACAGGUCAGCGUAAGUGUGUAAACAAGAAUGUAAAUCAUAUAAAUAAUACUUAGUUGUGGGCUAGAAAAGUAAAACCUGGCAUCCUGACUUUGACUGUUACUAGAGGCACCAAACAGAUGGUGCCUGUUUUGGACAAAAAUUGGAAUAGACAGCAUUCUCUGGAAAAAAGCGUUAUUAGAAGGAAUGUGCAAGGUGAAAACAGGAUUUUGAAGAGACUAUAAAUGAAGAGACUUUCUAGCAUCAGCAGAGCCAUCUUGAUCAAGCGUGCAUUGAUCAUCGGUGCGAGACAGUCCUUGGAAGCAUAGACUUAUAUCAGGCCACGUUAUGAAGAAUUGAUAUAUCUUGACAGAGUAAUUGCUUGGCUGUAAUCUAAUAAAUGCAGUUUAUAUGAAAA